AUGGACAAUACAUCCGGGCAGACGCAGGAACCGCCGGCGCAUGCGCGACACGACGCGAACAUCUCCCGCAACACGACCGACCUACACAACGCGAUGAAACACAUGUCGGUCGCAACGGCUGCCACCUCUGACACACGCACUCAACACACUUCGGCGCCUGCGACACCAAACCUUCCAACACCACUCGCGCGACGGACCUCACAACCCCCGACCUCCCCCUUAAUCGGCAGGGAAUCCCCGCGCCCACAGCAACAUGCACCAUCGCGUCGCGCCUCCAGUUCUGCCAGCCUGAACAGACCCCCGCCUUCGCCUAGGCUCAUGCGCAAGACUUCGCCCUCGUCGCUUGGCGGCACGUCCGAGGAGCAAGAGAAGCGGCCAACGCCCAAGCGCUCCAUCUCCAAUCUCAUAUCGGGCCUUAGAGAGGCGCAGUCGACUAUGGAGUCGAUUGAAGAGCCCAUACCGCUCACUGCCGCUCAGAUCGCUACCGAUCACUUCACCAGGCAACUUCUCAGUCAUUCGCGGACGGAUUCAGAGGCAGAGACUGCGGUCAUCCUGCAUGAUGCUUGUUAUGGACACAGGUACUCGCGGCUGAAGGCUACCAAAACUACCCUGUCGAUGAUUGUCGAGCGGCCUGAGCGGAUUCAUGCCACUGUACUUGGUGCAUCGACAGCGUACGUGCGGCUUGGUGGACAUCAUGCUGAAGGGAAGAGACCACCCCAUCCUGAACACAUGGAGCUAUCAGACCCACCUUUCAGGAUUCGCCGGACUGGCCGGAGUAUGGACAUUACUUCUCCGUUUGUGACCAACGUUCACGGCACUGCAUGGAUGGCUGAGCUCCAAGGCAUGUGCCACACCGCAGCCGAGAAGCUCGCGGCAGGGACCAAGGAGCUAAGUCGUUCGAAUGUUCCGGGCCAGCCUGACAAGCAGCAGUUGCACGAAGGUGAUCUGUACCUCGCACCCGAGUCUCUGAAUGCAUUUGAGGGUGCACUUGGAGGUGUUGCAGAAGCUGUUGAUGCUGUUUUCGCGCCUGAUACAACCACCAGACGAGCCUUCGUAGCUGUAAGGCCUCCUGGUCACCAUUGCUCGGCGAGUCAUCCCAGUGGGUUCUGCUGGCUGAACAACGUCCAUGUGGGCAUCGAGUACGCUGCGCAGACCUACGGACUAACUCACGCUGCUAUGCUGGAUUUCGAUCUGCAUCACGGAGAUGGCAGCCAGGCCAUCACAUGGGCACGAAACAGCGAGAACAACGAGAAGCGGGUCAAUGCCAAGCCUAACAGCAAGUUGAAGCUGAAUCCUGAUCUUGGCUACUAUAGUCUGCACGACAUCAACAGCUACCCAUGCGAGAUGGGAGAUGAUGAGAAAUUGCAAGCUGCCAGUCUUUGUAUCGAGAAUGCGCAUGGACAAUCCAUAUGGAACGUACAUCUUCAGGCAUGGAAGACUGAAGACGAGUUCUGGCACCUCUACGAUACUCGAUACAGUAUUUUGCUGGAAAAGGCGAAGCACUUUCUGGAGCACCACGUUAAGAGAAUCCGAGCUGAGGGCAAAGUACAACCCAAGGCAGCCAUCUUCAUCUCUGCAGGCUUCGAUGCGAGCGAGUGGGAAGGUUCGGGCAUGCAGCGACACAAGGUCAGCGUGCCGACCGAGUUCUAUGCGAGAUUCACGAGAGAUGUCGUUGAGCUGGCAAAGAGCAUUGACGGCUGCGAAGGGCGUGUCAUCAGUGUGCUCGAAGGUGGCUACAGUGACCGAGCACUUUGCAGCGGUGUUCUUAGCCAUCUCUCAGGCUUAUGCGCGACACCCGUAGGCACGAAGACAGAUGCUGUCGAGGCUCUUGCCGACCUGAGCUCGCAAAUGCGCGGACUUGGUAUCGGCGGCAUGAACAAACCACAAUCAUUGCACUACGACAAGGACUGGUGGUCCGAUGCAAACCUCACUGCACUGGAGCACAAGAUCAAUCCUCCACCACCACCACCGCAAUCGAAGAAGGUCCGUACUGGACCUAGGCCGACCUAUGCUACGCCUACCGAGUCGUUCGCGUACAAGGUUGUGGAUCCGCAAAGGUUCGCCUUGAACAUCUCAGGUACCAUGCGGGAAGGACAGAUGCCGACGCGGCCACCGACACCUCCGCCGCCAGAAGUUGAUUGGGUAGUGGCCACACAGGAGCUGUCUCGGCUCUUAAUACCUUUCGACAGGCAGACGAAGAGCUGCACAGCGGAGGACCUUGCGGUCCCUCGUAUCAAGAAAGAGCGGGAGAGCGGCGUGUCCGCAAUCUCGACCGAAGCAGCUGGUCAGCCGAGGCAGCUGCGUGAUCGCAAAGCCAAGGUGCCCGCGUAUGCUCAAAGUGCGCACAGUGACGAGACUGUACAAUCUCGCGCUGUCAGUCGAGCGGAAAGUCGCUCCAGCCGGCGAGAGACAAUAGACGUGUUGCCAUCAGACGACGUAGACCCUCAGCAGAGGCGAGUUUGCCGACGUCUGAGCGCAGGAAGCGCGCUGAACUUGUCUUCGAGUCGCUCAGUCGACGCUGAAGUGCCUCCAGUUCCACAGCUGCCUACCGCCGGUUCAAGCAACACCGGCGUGAUGAAGCCUCCUCCUGUGCCUGCAUCCAGUGCCCUAGCAAACAAGAAGACCAGAGCACCUUCUAAGCCACGGACCACUGUCACAGCUGCCGCACCUGCCAGACCAGCAACAUCAGCUAGGGCACCCAUGGCUUCCUCAACAGCGAGAAGUGGUGUUCCUACUCCUGUACCGCCACCGGGUACAUCUGAUCUUGACAAUCUUACUUCGGGCAUGAAGAAGAUCACACUGAAGGUCAGCGACUCCAAGGAAGAGCAUGACCGGAAGCAGAGGGAGAAGCUGGCCGCCGAUCGCAGCGCAAGAGCCGUCAAAGCUGCGGCAACGCGCAAAGUGAAUGCUGCUGCGAAGAAGGCCCCAACUGCGAUAGUGUCCCCGCCUGCUGGAGUAGCACAAGGCCCGUCCGGUGCGCAAAGCCGCCAUCAUUCCAUGAGCAUGACAGGUCCACCUGUCGGUGCCCAUGGGAUUAUAGCGGCGCCUGCUGUCCCUGUCACAACCAAGGAACCCCCACAACAGCCCGUGGCCUAUGAUCCGGCAACAUUAUCCUCGUUGCAAAAUCAACAGUCCGAACAAGUUGUCCCAAUCCGCGCCACAACAAAUGACCUUGAGCUAUCCGACUAUGUAGGCACCACCGGUAGUGGCAGCGUAUCGCCCACGCUCAAGUCGGAGACUACUUCAUAUCCCGGCUCAAGCAUCGCAUCCACGGCACCAUCAUCGUCAUCCAGGCCACAAGAUCAUUCUGCUUCAUGGGUUGAAAAGCCAGGGCUUGAUGAGAUGCAAUGUGUUCCAUCACUGCCCGACACCGAUACUGGCUCAGCUACACCGAAGCGAGCACCACUGUCGCCAAGCAAGUCCGGCAACAAUACGCUGCCUGUGUGGAGCAGCGUGGGACCUAUACCAUUCGGCAAAUUGCCUUCAAGCCCACGCAAGCCCCCGAAAGGUCCGCCCAAGCCCAGCUGGAAGCACGACCGACACGAAGAACACGGCAUCAGUAACGGCAAUGGUACUGGUCAGUCGAUGUUCGAUUCACAACAUGCUAACGUUCACGAUAGCACCGACGACGUGAAGAGCGUAUGGGACGUCCCGGAAACUCCAGCGAAAUGA